AUGGACACCCAGCAAUGCAACCACAGUCGACCGAUCCCCGAUGGCCGGGAGUUGUUCGAACAGGUCUGCGCUGCAGGUGGUACGGAGCGGCCCUUUACCGGUGUGCACAACCGCAAGGUUGCCCGCGACGCAGAUGGCGUUUAUCGCUGCGCUUGCUGCGGUGCGCCUCUGUUUACGCCAAUGGAAAAGUACGACUCUGGAACUGGCUGGCCGAGCUAUGAUGCGCCCGUCGCAGAUGCUAUCGGAUACAGAAAAGACCUCUUGCAGUUUGGGAGCACGGAGGUUCAUUGUAGUCAGUGUGGAGCCCAUUUGGGGCAUGUGUUUGACGACGGCCCACCGAGCACAGGACUCCGGUAUUGCAUCAACAGCGUCUGCUUGUGGUUUGAUGAGACCUCCUCCGCGGUCGCCACCACGACCUUGCCCUUUGUUCUGAACAGUUACCUUGUAUUGCUCCUUCUUGUAGGCUGCUGCGGGAGCAGCUGUGUGCUGUCCAAACACGCUGUCAUCGCCGGCCGGCCUGUCUACAACAAAUGGCGUCAGAAGAAAGCUGCAGAGACGACCGUGAGUGCCUGGCCAGCUGAACAAACAUUCUGA